AACCAGGAGUCAGAGAGGCCCCGCGCGGCGGAAGUAGGCGUAGGUCAAGUGUCCCUUCCUGGAGGCUGUCUACGUUGCGUGUAGGGACGUUAGCCCAGUGGCUGCGCGGCUAGGCUGCUAGGCCGAGGUGCUGGGCUAGUUUGGAGCCGGUGGAGGCCGCAAGGCCGCUCCAGGAAGAUGUUACCAAGUACUUCAGUGAAUUCCCCAUUGCCGGGAAAUGGAGCAUUGAAUUCCAGGGAUGCAGCAAGACACACAGCAGGAGCAAAGCGCUACAAAUACUUGAGAAGGCUUUUUCGUUUUCGGCAAAUGGAUUUUGAGUUUGCUGCAUGGCAGAUGUUCUACCUGUUCACAUCGCCGCAGAAGGUUUAUAGAAACUUUCAUUAUCGAAAGCAGACAAAGGAUCAGUGGGCCAGAGAUGAUCCAGCUUUCUUGGUCCUAUUAAGUGUCUGGCUGUGUGUGUCCACUGCAGGAUUCGGCAUUGUGUUGGACAUGGGAUUUUUUAAGAUGAUAAAGCUUCUCCUUUGGGUCGUAUUGAUAGAUUGUGUGGGUGUUGGCCUCCUCAUCUCAACUCUUAUGUGGUUUAUCUCUAACAAGUAUUUAGUGAAACGACAGAGCAGAGACUGUGAUGUGGAGUGGGGCUAUGCCUUCGAUGUACAUUUGAAUGCUUUUUAUCCUCUCCUACUCAUUCUGCAUUUUAUCCAACUUUUUUUCAUCAACCAUGUCAUCCUAACAGACACAUUUAUUGGAUAUUUGGUUGGAAAUACCUUAUGGUUGAUUGCAGUUGGCUAUUAUAUCUAUGUAACCUUCCUGGGAUACAGUGCAUUGCCAUUUUUGAAAAAUACGGUAAUUCUUCUCUAUCCAUUUGCACCUCUCAUUCUGAUCUACGGGCUGUCACUAGCACUAGGAUGGAACUUCACACACACAAUGUGUUCCUUCUACAAGUACAGAGUAAAAUGAAAAAAAAAGAGAGACUGUUACAUCUUAACUGUGUCAACAGUAUUGGUGAAGUGAUUUCUUGUGAAACUUGUAAGUAAACUCAUUGUAGAUAUCUUAGAGGUGUAAAGUUUGUGAAUUUGAGGAAAUAUAUGUUAACAUUAUUGUCAAAUACAUUCCUUAAAACUAAUUAAAUGUACAUUUCUAUAAUAAAUUUUUUAAACUAAAGCAUGUAUUUUAUUCUAAUAUUUGUACACACAAAAAUGAUAUACAAAAUACUGAAGGCAUGAGGAAGUUAGAAAGGUAAAGAUUUUUAAUAUGAAUUCUUUUUGAAAGAGUUUUUUAAAAAUCUUUUAAUUGUUGUUCAAAUACCGUUGUCUCCAUAUUCCCACCACCACUUUCCCCUGCCCCAUCCACCCCUACCUCCCACCCUCAAUCCUACCCCUCUUUGACUUUAUUCAUGGGUCCUUUAUACAUGUUCCUGAAGGGGCUUCUUUUUGGAGAAUGUGGUAAUAAUAUGCUCCCCCUCCCCCCACUGUUACUGACAAGUUACAUAUGCUGCCUCCAUUUUGUAAUGGGUUAUAUUUUAAACAUUUAUGUGGGGCAUGUUAUCUUAGUCUAACCCUCAGGCUCUAAAUAUUAUUAACAGCGUUUUUCUCUGCAAAACAAAACAAAAACACAAUACUUAGAGUGAACAGGCCCAUUUGCCUACACUUAAUUUGGAAGCUGUAUAGUGCACAUAAUAUAUAAGCAAGUAUCUUAUCACAUUGAUAACCACUGUCUUAACAUCAAGACUUUUUUUCUUUAAAAGAUUUUCUAAAAUCCAGAUAGAAGAUCCACUGCCGUUUUUCCAACUGAAAAUAGUUCAAGUAAAUUAUUAUUUUAUCAGUAUUAAACAAAACCAAUAAAAACAAAAAACUUGCUGCCCAUUAAGUCGUACCUAGUUUUAUUAGGAUUCUUGAAUUCAGCAUGGCUUUUUAAACUUCUUUAUUUCAAUACACAUGAACGCCUGUGGCACAAACAGUGAUGGAAAGGCACAGUCAACAGGACCAGUUAUUAAGUUACAGCAGCAUAUUUGAAAAUAAAUAAUCUUCCUUUAAAAGUCUAACAGGUACCCAAGAUAUUACUACAGAUAU